AUGGCUUGGGAUAUAGCUGUGGUUUAUGCUGAUAAUGACAUGUAUGGCAUAUGCCAACUUUGGGAGGAUAUCUCCAAUCACCUCUCGGCUGCUUUACCCCAUGUGGUCGGCAGUGACUUCAACUGCAUUCUAGAGCAAGGUGAGAAGAAAGGGGGUAAAUCUUUUUUAUACUCCCAACCGGCUAGCGAAAUGGGGGACUUUAUGGCUGCUAAUGAUUUGGUUGAUCCGGGCUAUUCUGGUCCUGCUUUCACAUGGAAAAAUAACAAAGAUGCGAGGAACCGCAUCUACUCUCGACUGGAUAGGUUUCUGGUUAGCUCGUCCAUUCUUGACAACUAUCAGGAGCUGCGGGUGGUCCACCUCGCCAGGGUGGCAUCGGACCAUUGCCCCAUCCUUUGUUCUUUUAUGGUGGGAGGUAGGAAGACCUACUCAAAUUGCAUUAAGUUUGAGGAUGUUUGGACUACCUUUCCCAGAGCUUGGCAGAUUGUCUCGGAGAAAUGGAAGGUUCCUGAUUCCGGAACAGAAGCGGCUAAGGUGCAGAAGAAAUGUCGUCGAACUCUCAAGGCGUUGUUCUUCUGGAGCAGAAAUAAGAUGGACAGGCUGAAUAAACUGAAGGAGGAUCUUUAUGGGGAGAUAAGAAUCCUGCAGGAACUUGAAUGCUCGCCUACUGGGCUCACUGAUGUUCAAUCCGAGACCUUGAGAUAUAAGGUUCAGUUGUUAAAAUCCAACUUGGCCAGGAUUACUACAUGGUGGGGUCAAAGUGCCAAGGUGCGUUGGAUUGAAGAGGGGGAUGAAAACACCCACUUUUUUCACACUAUGGCCUCAGCCAGGCGGCGGGGAAACUCCAUUGAACAACUUACUCACCCGAAUGGACAACCGCCCACUGAACAAACGGAGAUUAUGAUUAUUAUCCACGGCUUCUUUGCGCAGAAAUGGCAGGGCAACCCCAUUACUGAAUCGGGUUGGCCCUCAUUGGACGCUCAGGUGGCUUGUCUGGAUCGGGUGACGGGCUUGUUGGAGGGGGAGGUCACCCGUGAGGAAGUGUGGAAUGAUGUUCGUUUGCUGGGGCCAAACCGUGCUCCCAGGAGGGAUGACAUCACGACGUCUUUCUUCAAGGCUUUUUGGGAAAUCGUUGGGGAUCAGGCGGCAUUCGUGCAUGGGAGGUCGAUUUCCGACCACUGUUUGUUGGGGCAGGAAAUUAUGAAUAAGUUCCAAAUCUCCAAAGCUGCUAAGGGUUGGAUGGCUAUGAAGGUGGACAUGGAACAAGCCUAUGAUAAAAUGAGCUGGCGAACCUUGGAAUUGGUACUUCUGAAAAUGGGCUUCCCACAAAGAUUUCGGUCGUGGGUGCUAAGUUGUGUGAUUGCACCUCGUUUCACCAUCUUGGUAAACGACAUGCUGACGGAGGAGAUCACGGCUAAGUGUGGGUUCCGGCAGGGUUGCCCGCUUUCCCCCUAUCUGUUCAUCCUAUGCUCGGAGCUUCUGUCUUUACACUUCCGACAAAACUACCGGGACCUUGGUGUGCAGAUCUGCGAGGGGGGACCUCUUGUGUCCCACCUCCUUUAUGCUGACGAUGUUUUACUUUUUGCAGGUGCUACCAUUUCCAACGUGAGGAAGCUCUUGACCAUCCUGGACGACUAUUGA